AAUACGAGAUGUCCAAAUUAAACGGAUAAGGAGUUGAUUGAUUGCUAAACAACAAGACCCUUGGGAAUUUCAGCUAUAGGUGGAGAAAUUCAAAGUUCGUAGUAAGAGACAAGCCAACCAAGCAGCUGAUUGGCUCUCUUGUAUUCCAAGUCCCCUGUCUAUUCUAUUCAUUAUUAGUGACUGUAAUGGGCUUCAGCCCUCUUUCAUCUCAUCAAUAUGUUGAUCUUUCACUUUUAUCAGUUUUAUUGUCUGCUAGUGUUGGCCCUCACUAGGCCACAUCCUUUGCUUGUGGCUGCUAUUUCUUCUUCCAACUCUGUGGGACCCAUGUCACCCACUAAAUUUCCAUAUAUAAUCAAAGGUUCAAACUCUGUUUCAACUUCUCCGUGUCAGAGAAACCAGUGCUGCUUUCUUUAGCAUUGAGCUGCUGUAAGGAAAUGCUGGUUGGUAUCAAUUUAUUUUUGUGUUGAUCUUUCCCAUGGCACUUAAGGCAAGCAAGAUUUCAAGCAGUGCUUUUGUGACUCAGAGGACAAGUACCCCUAGAUCAAAUAGAGUUAUAUUUUCUUUUGCCAAGUCACCGCCACAAAGUAAGUUACAACCUAUAAAUCAAGGAAUUGAGCUGUGGCAACUAAGCAGUGCACAUCUCUUGACAACAAAAUUGGUUUCAAGUGAGAAUUUGUGGGGAAUACAUGGACAGCCUGUUAGUUUCACUGUCUCUCGGAAAUCUUUUGCAUUAUGCCAAUCAACGCGAACUCCUGGAACUGAAGAAAAAGAGUGUGUUAGACCUUACAGUGAUUCUUCUGAUGUUUCCAGCAGUGCACAAAAUGGAGAGGAGGAAGAUGAGUGCUCCAUCAUGCCUGGGAGAGUUAUUCACUCAAGUCAGGGCUUAGCUGAAGCUUGUAAAUUUGUACAUAAUGAUGCAAAAUUUGUAAAUGAAAGAGCACGCAAUGACAUUAUCUUACUUUCACGUGGGAUUAUGAGGUUGGAUGCCCGUGUACGCAAAGAUUUUGCUAUUCUUGGUUCAGGAUUUCUUAAACUUGAUGCUCGAGCGAGAGAGGAUACUGAGAAAAUUGACCGCAACAUGAAGAAAAAAGCUGAACGUCUUCAACAUAUUGCUAGCAUUUUAAAGGACAGAGCCCAAUCUAGAUUGAAAAGUGCUGCAGAUAAGCAUUGGAGUGAUGGAGCCUUAGAGGCUGAUUUGCGCCGUGCUGACUUCCGUGCCAAGCAAAGAGCAAUGGAAGAUGCCCUAAUGGCUUUGGAGUUUGUCAAGAAUAUUCAUGAUUUGAUGGUGAGCAAGUUGUACAAAUUCCCUCUGCAAAGAGAAAAGGGUUCACCAUCAGCUAAUGACUUUCUUGGACGUAUAAUGCUUGAGAAAAACGGAAGGAAUUUGGAUUUCUUCCCUGGAGAAGUUUCUACUGAUCGAAUUACUGCUAUUCAGGAAGCUUACUGGAGUAUGGCAUCUGCUUUUUCUGAAGCUGAUGGCAUUGACUAUACUGAUCCCGAAGAGCUAGAGUUGUUGAUUGCAACACUCAUAGAUCUUGAUGCUAUGGAUGGUAAAAGCAGUGUAUCAUUAUUGGCAGAAUGUUCAAGUUCUCCAGAUGUUAAUACAAGGCAAGCAUUGGCAAAUGCAUUAGCCGCAGCCCCAUCAAUGUGGACACUUGGAAAUGCAGGCAUGGGAGCAUUACAGAGGCUAGCAGAAGAUAGAAAUCCAGCAAUUGCUGCAGCAGCCUCUAAAGCAAUCUAUGAACUUAAAAAACAGUGGGAAAUAGAGGAAGGAGACAGUUGGAGGUUUAUGAUGAAUCAAAAAUUUGAAGAGGAAGAAGAUAACAAUGAUAACGAUACUGAGUAAGAGAAACAUACAUACACUUAAACUGUAGAUAUCUAUGUAGGAUUAUGAGUUGCAGGUUAAUCCAUCUAGUGAUCACUACAGGCAAUGAAUGCUGAUGUAAUGCAAAAGGGCUCUCAUAUUCUGAUAGUCCUUUACUAUAUAUAUCCAAGUAAUGUUUAAAGGAUUCUUAUCUGCUUCCAA